AUGACUACUGGAAAGACAUCUUUCGAAAAUACAUCCAAUCUACUAACAUCAACAACAACUGGAAUCAAUUCACAUCGGACGACGACUAGUUCUUCUUUCGAUAAGGAUGACAUGAAAGCAAUUCUAACCUACGCAAUUCCAUUAUCGUGUUUCGCGAUCGUGAUAGUUCUUAUGUUCAUCGUAGGUUUCCAUCGUCGUCAUCGCGUUUUGGAAAAAUGGUCAUCACUGACGCGAAUGAGAAAUACUAAUCCACGAUUUAUCGAACGCGGUGGUCUACGACGUGAUUCUGAGUAUGAGUCCCAAAAUGACGGUUUCGUUCAUGUGACAGUGAUAAACGAAGAUGGACAAUGUCAAAAAGAGCCACAAUUUCAUCUGGCAACAAUCAGCUAG